GCCGGUUGACAUUGACCCUUUUGAUACCUUUCUUUCAUAACCAUCCAAAAGCCAAAAGCCGAAAAAAAAAUCCAAUCUUUUUCUCUCUUUCUUGUUCUUCUUUUUGUUUUUAUCUUAUGUUUAUGUAAACAAACUUUCUCUUAUUCUUCUUCAUGUAAUCUGCAAAAGACCCUUUUGACAUUUCUCUGCAUAUUUUCUAUUUUCUUCUCUGUACAAUGGAAAAUAAAGAGCAUAACAGAUUUUCAGAGGUGUUAACAGAGCUAAUAUCAUCAGCCCAUGAAGUCACUUCACUUGCUCAAACCUUUGACACUGAAAUAAAAAGGCGAGUCUUUUUUGAAUUUUCAAUCUUGGUUGAUAGAUUUGUUCCUAUUCUCAAUUAUUUAAAACACCAUGUUAAGAUCAUGGCACAUCCACCAGUUCAAAAAGCAGUUGAAUCACUUGGUAAAGAGUUUGUUACUCUUUCUAAAGCUAUAAUAACUAACCCGAAUUCGAAAACUAUGGUUAAACAAGUUGAAGACAUGGUUCAUGGCUUAGGUAGAUCAUUAGGCCUUGUUGUCUUUGCUAGUCUUGAAGUUUGUACUGAUUUCAAGGAACAAAUUGGGACACUGCAUAAGGAUUUGGUGAGUAUUAAGUUUGAUAUGAGCUCGGUUGCGAGUUCAACACCAAGUUCUAGCCACUAUUCGGAGAUUCUUAGCGAAAUUGAAGAAGAAGAAGAUAAAAUUCAAGAGGAGGAGGAGAAGAUUAGUGUUGGUAUUGAUGAUGUUGUGGUGACACUUAAGUAUGGUGAUGGUGAAAAGCUUAGAUUGGCUCUUAUGUUGUUAAGUGAUUUGAUUAUAGAGAAGAAAGUUGGUAAUGAUUGGAUUGAAGAUGGUGGUGUCAUUCUUGCUUUGUUUAACCGGUUAGGCUCUAGUAAACCCGAACACCGAUUGAUCAUCAUUCGUUUGCUGCGAAAUCUUGCAUUGGACAAUGUAGAAAACAAGGAGAAGAUGGCAGAUGUGGGGUUUUUGUCAACAUUGGUGAAAUCUUUGAUUCGCGAAGAGGAGGAAAGGAGGGAAGCAGUCGGCCUCUUGUUGAAUCUGUCUGAACUCUCAUCCGUUCGAAGACAGAUUGGUCGAAUUCAAGGCUGUAUCGUUAUGUUAGUUGCAUUGCUAAAUGGUGAUGAUCCUAUUGCUUCAAUUGAUGCAGGAAAGCUGUUAAAUUUAUUGUCAAGUAACACUCAAAAUGCACUUCAUAUGGCUGAAGCAGGCUAUUUCAAGCCACUAGUUAAGCACUUAAAAGAAGGCUCUGACAUGAGUAAAAUUCUCAUGGCAACAGCACUUUCGAGGAUAGAGCUCACCGAUCAAAGUAGAGCCUCCCUCGGGGAAGAUGGGGCGAUCGAACCCCUUGUAAGAAUGUUUACAACUGGAAAACUUGAAGCCAAGUUAUCUGCACUAAAUGCAUUGCAGAACUUGUCAAGCUUAGCUGAAAAUGUCCAACGAUUAAUCCAUUCGAGCAUUUUAUCGCCUUUACUUCAGCUUCUCUUUUCUGUUACCUCAGUUCUCAUGACACUUAGAGAGCCUGCAUCAGCAAUUCUAGCUAAGAUUGCUGAAUCUGAAUCUAUUCUUGUUAAUCAAGAUGUAGCUCAGCAAAUGCUCUCACUUCUAAACCUUUCGAGUCCUGUAAUACAGUUUCACUUGUUACAAGCUCUCAAUAGCAUUGCCUCUCACCAAAAUGCAUCUAAAGUUCGAAUCAAAAUGAAAGAAAAUCGAGCUAUGCAACUUCUCUUACCCUUUUUAACCGAAACCAACUUCAAAAUUAGAAGCAAUGCCUUGAAUUUGCUUCAUACUCUUUCUAAAGAUUUGUCACAAGAAUUAUCAGAACAUAUAGGAGAAGCCUACAUCAUUAUAAUCAUCAACAUCAUCUCAUCCUCAUCAACCGAGCUCGAAAAAGCUUCUGCAUUAGGAAUACUAAGCAAUUUUCCCCUUAGUGAUAAGAAGUUUACAGAGUUGCUCAAGAGACAAUGCUUAGUACCACUCAUUAUCUCCAUAAUGACUUCAAACCCUGCAACUAAAACACUUGACACACAACACUUGGAAGAAAGUGUUUCGAGCUUAUUAGUUCGGUUUACUAAUCCUUUUGAUAAGAAACUACAGCUCUAUUCAGCACAACAUGGGGUGAUCCCUUUACUUGUGAAGUUGCUUUCGAGUGAAUCGUCAAUUGCUAAACACAAUGCUGCAACUUCACUAGCUCAAUUGUCACAAAACUCACUCUCAUUACGAAAACCUAAAGCCCCAAGAUGGUUUUGCACUCCUCCUUCCGCGAGUGCAUACUGUGAAGUUCACGAAGGAUUCUGCGCUGUGAAAACCACAUUGUGUUUGGUAAAAGCCGGUGCUAUAUCGCCUUUGCUUAAAGUAUUGGAAGGUAAAGAUAGGGAAGCGGACGAAGCUGUGCUCGGUGCCUUGGCAACUCUACUUCAAGAUGAAAUUUGGGAAAAUGGAAGCAAUUACAUAGCGAAAACAUUACAAGUUGAAGCCAUUGUUAGAGUUUUGGAAUCGGGUAACAAUAAGGCUAAAGAGAAAGUGUUAUGGAUACUUGAAAGGAUUUUUAGGAUUGAUGAAUAUAAAUUACAAUAUGGUGAGUUUGCUCAAGUUUUACUUAUUGAUUUGGCUCAACAAGGCGAUUCGAGAUUGAAACCGGCUAUUGCUAAGGUGUUAGCACAACUUGAGCUCUUGCAGGAUCAGUCUAGUUACUUUUGAUUUGAACAUAAAAUCAUUACAUGUGUGUAUACAUAUUCAUUGAAAAUAUGAUAAAACUUUGUAAAGGUUUUUUUUGACAUUAGUACAUAUUUCAAUUCCAAA